GCUCUGGCUGCCGGCUCGGUGCGGGGGGGCCGGGCUGUGGGCAGGGCCCGGGCAGAUGACGCCGGGUGAAGCCGGCUCGGAGCCUGCCCAGCCCCGCCGCAGCCCCAGCGCGGUGGCCGCGCAGUCGGGUCGGGUCGGGUCGGGCGGGCUCCGGCAGCAGGGCGGGAUGGACGUGGCCGUGGACUUGUACCUGGCUGUCCCGCUGCUCUUCACCGUCCUGGCCCUCGUCCUCGCCUCCGUCUUCGUGAGGCUGCGGGGAGCCGAGGGGGAGCGGCCCCGGGAGCCGCCGGCGGCAGAACCGGCCCGGGAGAGCGGCCCCGGGGAGCAAGCGGCGGCGGGAGCGGGGCCGGAGGCCGGCAGGGAGCGGCUGCCGGUGGAGGAGGUCGGGGCGGUGGAGGAGCGGAAGGAGGCGGCUGCCGAGCAGCGGGAGGAGGCGGCGGAGGAGCCGGGCCCCGCGGCCGAGCCCAGCCCCGCGGCGGCCGAGAGCAUCCCCCGGGAGCCGCUCACCGAGCCCCGGGAGCCCGAGCCCCGCGAGGAUGCGCAGAGCAAGGUACCACCUUUGGGAGGCUCAGCUGGGUCCAGCCCCGAGCAGCCGGGACAAGCGGAGGGUGCAGGAGAGCACACAGCACUUCCCAGCAAGGCAGAGCUCCAGGGGGAAGAUCUGGACAAGGAAAAAGAGAAGCUGGUGGUGAGAGAGCCCGAGGAUGAGGAUGCUGCAGAUGGGACAUUCUCUUUUAAAUACAGUCCUGGAAAGCUGCGGGGAAACCAGUACAAGUCAAUGAUGACCAAAGAAGAGCUCGAGGAAGAGCAAAGGGUGCAGAGAGAGCAGCUGGCUGCCAUCUUCAGGCUCAUGAAGGAAAAAAGUGACACGUUUGGAGAGAUGUCUGAAGGAGACAUGAAGGAGCAGCUUAGACUCUAUGAUAUAUAACCUUGCAGCUAGAAAGUCAUCAUGUCCCUUAUUAUGCAGGACACUGGAGGCUGUAGUUCUAGAAACAUGUUUCAGUAGUUAUUUUGCAGUUCCAGUUUGUUUUGCAAACCCAUAUAGGCCCGUGAGAUGUAUUGCAAAAGACUUGUAAUUUCUCACCCUUUAUAUUGUUUCUCCUUGAAGAGCUAUCAUAUUUUCAUCUCAUAUAGAGAUUGGUACCUCCUUCUAGCUGUGUCAUACAUCUCAGUCCCACAGAGCAGUUAAACCCACAACAUCUUCUGGCCAUGCUGUAUAAACAUGACCUUUCCAACCUAGUUUUUAUCAGUUUGAUACCUAAAGAAAGCCAAAGAUAAUAGACAUAAAAUGGAUGAAUAUAAUAGAAUCGUAGCAUAACUCAGGCUGGAAGGGACCUGAGGAGGUCUGUAGUCAAACCUCAAAGCAACAUCUGCUGUAAGACCAAGCCAGGUUACUCAGGGCUUUAUCCUGUUGCAUCUUGAAAACCUCCAAAGAUGGAGACUGCACAGCCUCUUGGCAGAGUCUUCCAAUCCUACAUUUAGAAAGCAAAUAGCCAAAGGCACAGCAAUCCUGCUUGUGUUAGAGGUGAGUUGCUGUUCUCGUCUCCUUGGAAGGAGCACUUCAUCCUCCUUCACCCUGCUUUUUGGAAACAAGCACACGUUGAUUCCAGCUGACCUCAUUGAGCUUGCCUUGGGAAGCCACAGCUAACUUCAACCUGGAAACACAAACGUCUCUUUGCCUCUCAACACUGGUAAGGGUAGUACAGAAAGGUGGCUUCUUUACAAGGAUGAUUGUGUCCAACUCAGAUCCUGUCCUCCCAACAGAAAAACGAUGUGGGAAGCUAAGGGAAUCUCUGUGAACUGAGGAAGUAUUUUGAAGCAGCUGCUGGUGGUUUGGGUAAAGUAAAUCAAUGAGCAUUCUGAAUUUUAA